AUGUCCGAAGAAAACGGCAAACAAAGUGUAAGUGAUAAACCGGCGAGGAAAGAAAACCACCCCGGCGUAGUGGCCACCGAACCAUAUGUGACACCGAAAAAGGUAGACAAUCGGAAGCGUAGCUACGAUGGGAGAGGCUCAAAAAUCGCAAUCGUCAAAAGCUGCACACAAGAGCUACUCCUGAACGGAGAAAGUGUGACCCGUUGCAUAUUGGAGGACGGCUGCGAUUACAUCCAAAAGGUGUUCAGACAAUCCAAUUUUGAGAGGCACUUCCGGUUAUGUCAUCCAGUGGCAUUUGACGUUUUGGGUAUUGGGCCUCCUUCUGAAAAAAGCAGCAGCCCCAAUACUGAACCUGCCAUAUCCAUUCGCAUGACGGUUCAGCGGCUCCUGGGAGGAAUAGUCAAGUUGGUGACCGUUCAUGGUCUACCAUUUGAAGCAAUGGAGUGGGAAGGAUUUACAGAAGUGGUAGGUCCAUUGUUGAAGGCGUAUAAUUUGACUAUUAACCGCCACAACAUAACGAAAUAUGUGGCAAAAGCCGCAGAAGGAGUCAACUGGAUGAUUAGCCAGGAGGUCAACGGAAGGAUGAUUUCACUCAAGCUGGAUAUUGUGUCCAAAAUGUAUAGGAGCAUGCUCGGUAUCAACUGUCAAUACAUCAAUAACAGCGGCGUUGUUACCAAGAGGAAUCUAGGCAUCAUAGAGCUCCACAAUCGCCACACAAGCCAAAAUCUGAAAGAAGAGCUGCAUAAGGUACUGAAGUCUUUUGCUGUCAACGUUGGACAAAUAACAGCUAUAACAAUUGACAACGCAUCCAACAUGGUAAAGCUUGUGAAACUGAUGUCAGACGAAAGCGGAAGUACCUCUGAACUGUAUGAUUCGGAAAACGAAGAAGUUAACUCGGUAAACGAAGUUGAAGCAGACGAUUUUGAAGGUCUUGAACACGACUCCCCCGAAAAACCUGCUGUGCAAGAGUGGGUACGUGUUCUGGAAGAUUUCGCCCCGGAUGAAUCUAUAACUGCCGUCCGCUGUGGAGCUCAUACUACGCAGCUUGUGGUUCAUGAUGUGUGCAAACAAAUUGAACACAAAGACGCCCUGAAAGAGAUACGAAAGACGGUGAAGAAGUUCCGCUGCACUGAAUACAAAGCCUUCUUUGACAUUAGUGAAGGGGCAGCGUAUCCAUCGUUACCAAACGAAACCCGCUGGAAUUCAGAUUACAAGAUGCAGCAAAAGUUGAGUCAAGAGAGGAUUUUUUUCGAAAAGCUUGGAAAACAGUACCCCGAUCUAGAUCUCUCCAACCACUGGGACUUCAUAGAAGAGUAUGUUACAGCCUUCGAAGCAUUGUAUCAUUGUACAAUAGCCGUUCAAAAACUGGAUACCACUCUUUCGGACUUUUUCAUCGAGUGGAUUCGAGCGUACGGCAGAAUUUGGGAGAUUGAUGAGACAAAUCGGUUUAAGCAGCAGCUUAUUACGGCCAUGGAAAAUCGACAGCAAAAACUGUUUUGCAAUCGGGUCUUUCGAACUGCCGUAUAUUUUGACCCCCGUUUGAAUUUCAACGGUUCAAGCUUGCUUUCGCAAGCGCAGAAAGAAGAUGCAGUGCGAUUUUGCCUACAGAUGUGGACCCGAAUUAAAAGCGAAACCAAAUGUAGCGAGAAUGGAUCUGACGAGAACGAUUCAGCGAUAGCAAACACCAAGAAUGCACCAACAACAGAUGGCCCAUCGUGCAGUAAAUUCAGCCUCAACCACUAUCUCACGCGUACCAUUGGCUCGGGUUCCCCUCAAACAGUGCAAUUAACUUCCUUGGAGCAAAGGAUACGAGCUGUACAAUAUCAAAAGAGGAUUGAUGCCGAUGCACCGUUCAGUACAAUACAGUACUGGGCAGCCAAACGAUUCGAGGAUCCACAAGUAUGGGAAAUUGCGAAAGUGGUACUGGGUGUGCCAGGAACACAAUGCUCUAUCGAAAGAGAUUUCAAUUUGUUCAACUUGACUUUAACUAAAUCACGAAGUAAACUCAGCUCUAAAUCACUCCAGGACAUUCUGACAGUCAGAACCAACAAAAAUCUAGUGAAACCAGGAUUGGCGUAUAUGCUUGCCAAAGAUAAGCAGACAUUAGAGGAGCUCACAACUGCUACAUAAUGAUUAUUCAAAUUGAAAGCAUUUGAAAGAAAAAAACGGAAGUGGAUUAGUAGCACAAAUGAAAAAUAGAUAACAUAGAGUAGGAUCAAACAGUAAAAGGACAAAGCGCAUUGCAAUUAUUGAUUGAUAUUUUUUGAGAGAGAUAAGAUAAAAGUUAUAUACAAUGAAUAAAACGAAACAAUGUUUGUAGUGUAAAAUUAUUACCUAGUUUUUGUUAUGUAUCUGAAAGGAAGUUACGCAAGUCACCAUAGAUCACCUGGGUAGAUCACCUUUUCGUUUUGCUAACCUUUGAAAAAUUUAUCAAAUCGAACGCCCUUACUGCUUCUAACUAGUGGAAGAGCAUAUUUUAGUUAUUUGAUCUUAACAUACCGUCAAUGUACCAGUUGCCACUCGUGUUCCAGUAUUUGUCACGAUCCCGCACUUAUAAAGGGUAAAGGGUCCAGUGGGGUGAAAAUGCGCAAUACUACCGUCUGCAAGGGAAGCUGCGUGCGUGAUUCACUAUGGGCCUCUUUUGAAUAUGUAUCUAACUGUAAGCGAUAAUUGUUACGGCAUCGGGUGCUGUUCUCAGAGUUCUCUACAAGGUAUUCCUGAACCGGAUAUAGGGUUGACGGCAGCAGGUAAGAUCCCGUACCGAACGGUCCUGUGUAAGGGGUGAUGCACAAAUUAUGUCACGCAAAAAUCGACCUUUUUCAAAA